AUGGAUGUCAAAAAUGCCUUCCUUAAUGGUACUCUUCUUGAGGAGGUCUACAUGCAACCUCCACCUGGGUCUACUUUUCCUCCUCAUAAGGUUUGCAAACUACAGCGUGCCCUCUAUGGCCUCAAGCAAGCACCCCGCACCUGGUUUGCUAAGUUCAGUUCUACCAUUCAUGACUUCGGGUUCACCUCUAGCUCCUAUGACUCUGCUCUUUUUAUACGGACUACUCCUCAUGGUACCACUCUUCUCCUUCUGUAUGUGGAUGAUAUGAUUAUCACUGGUAAUGAUGCAGCUGGUAUUCUCCACCUCAAACGUUUUCUCCACCGUCAGUUUAAGAUGAAGGACCUUGGUACUCUCAACUACUUUUUAGGCCUUGAAGUCUCUCAUGAUUCCACUGGCUCUUAUUUAUCUCAGGCCAAAUAUGCAUCCGAUCUUCUGGCUCGUGCUGGUCUUACUGAUUGCAAAACUACAUCUACUCCAGUUGAUCCUCAGAUUCGUCUUACUCCUCUCGAUGGGGCUCUCCUCAAUGAUGCUACUCUUUAUCGCCAGCUCGUCGGUAGUCUUGUCUAUCUCACAGUGACUCGUCCUGACAUUGCCUAUGCUGUUCACAUUGUUAGUCAGUACAUGUCGGCUCCUCGCACUCCCCACUAUACUACUCUACUCCACAUCCUUCGAUACAUCAAAGGCACCCUGUUCCAUGGCCUUCACUACUCUGCUUCCUCAUCUCUUGAACUGCGUGCCUUCUCUGAUGCUGAUUGGGCUGGGGAUCCUACGGAUCGACGCUCCACCACGGGAUUUUGUUUCUUCUUAGGGGAUUCUCUUCUUACUUGGCGUAGCAAGAAACAAUCCCUCACUGCCCGUUCUAGCACCGAAGCUGAAUACCGAGCUCUUGCUGAUACUACUCAGGAACUUCUCUGGCUUCGCUGGCUCCUCACUGAUAUGGGUGUUUCCUCUUCUGGCGCUACCUCUCUUUAUUGUGACAAUCAGAGUGCCAUUCAGAUUGCUCACAAUGAUGUUUUUCAUGAUCGCACCAAGCAUAUU